AGGCAAGGACUGAAUGGAAGUGCGUGAGCUAUUCAUAUCAAAGUGAGCAAAGCUAUUGACACGUACGCAUGUAUGUAUGCAUAUUAUAAAAUUUUGAGUGUACAUAUGAUGUGCAUACCCGAAAUCGCUUGAAAUUUCGAAAACAACAUUUAAGACGCAGGUCGUGAUAAUCGAUGUCUCGAGGAAGUACAAGAUUCGAUUCCCCGAUAUGCCGCUAGUCCGUAGCAGUUGACAGACACAGGUAGCCGCUCACUGAUGGUGCUUCGAAAGAUCAUCGUUCUGUCGAUUUAGCUGUUUCGCGAGAUCGCAAAAUGUUGGCUCACUGUGAUAUUUUUGACUUCAAAGUACUUAUAUUCGUGUGUUUGCUGAUAUAUUUGCCAAACAGUAUAGCGGGAGAAAUAGGAGAGGGAGCAGUUUCACUUACACAAAAGAAUAUUGAUAAAACAUUAGCCGAGAAUGAAUUGGUAUUUAUAAACUUCUACGCACAAUGGUGUCGCUUCAGCAAUUUAUUAGCCCCAAUUUUUGAUACAGCUGCAGAUAAGAUUAAGGAAGAAUUUCCCCAGGCAGGGAAGGUAGUAAUGGGCAAAGUAGAUUGUGAUCAAGAAACAUCUGUAGCAUCUAGGUUUCACAUAAGUAAAUACCCAACAUUAAAAGUGAUAAGAAAUGGACAACCAACUAAAAGAGAAUACAGAGGACAACGAUCAGUGGAAGCAUUCCAGGAAUUUAUCAGAAAGCAAUUGGAAGAUCCUAUUAGAGAAUUCUUCGAUUUGAGAGAGAUUAAUGAACUUGAUGAUAAAAAGCGUAUGAUUAUAGGAUACUUUGAUAGAAAAGAUAUACCAGAAUAUGAACUAUUCAGAAAAGUUGCUACUAAUUUGAAGGAUGAUUGUCAGUUCCAUGUUGGAUUUGGGAAUGCAAGUAAAGCGCUGCAUCCUCCAGGAGAGCCUAUCAUUGUCUUCCGAUCGGAUAAAGCUCUGUCCAAUGAUGAGGAUGAAACUUACAAAGGAAGUUUAACCAAUUAUGAUGAAUUAAAUGUAUGGACGCAGGAGAAAUGUGUGCCACUUGUAAGAGAAAUAACAUUCGAAAAUGCUGAAGAAUUAACAGAGGAAGGCCUGCCAUUCCUUAUACUAUUCCAUGCUCCCGAUGACGUAGAAAAUGUCAAGCUGUACAAAGAUAUCGUAACUAGGACAUUAAUAAGCGAGAAACAAAACGUCAAUUUCUUAACAGCUGACGGUUUGAAGUUUGCGCAUCCGCUACAUCAUUUAGGAAAAAGUACAUCAGAUCUACCGUUGAUUGCAAUAGAUAGUUUUAGACACAUGUAUUUGUUCAAGGAUUUCAAUGACAUUUUUAUUGAAGGAAAGCUUAAAGCUUUCUUGGCCGAUUUAUAUUCUGGAAAGCUUCAUCGUGAGUUUCAUUAUGGUCCUGAUAUCAAUAACGAUAUACAACAAGACACUGGAAAACAGGUGAAAACACCUACAACGCCACCGGAAUCUGCAUUCAAGAAACUAGCGCCAAGCAAAAAUAGAUAUACAAUAGUUAAGGAUGAACUGUAACGAGGUGAGAUGGAGUGCAGUGCAAUGCAAUGAGAUUUUCUUAAUUAAUUUGUAUACAAUUUACAAGUAAAUUAAAAGAAGUGAAUUACAA